AUGGAUGCUGCCCCAGUCCAGGGUGGGGCGCCGGCGCCAGCGCCAGCGCCAGCGCGGCCCCCACGGCGGCGCCGGCGCUGGUGGUUCUUGGGCCUCGUCUUCGUAGUGUUUUUCAUCACUCUUCUCUCCCCAGUGAACAGACGGUGUUUGUACCUGUUUGUCGCUUGGCUACCGGCGCUCCCCGCCUUGGCCUUUAGAAGUCCGGGACCUGUUGUUGGCGCCUUCAAGCGAUCUGGGCCAGUCUUCAUCAAGCUUGCCCAGUGGGCCUCCACGCGAAGAGACGUCAUUCCUGGUGAGCUGUGCGAUGCCAUGGGCAUGCUGCAUGAAAAUGUUCCGACUUCCAUGUCCCGGAGGGACCUCGAGCGGGCUGUGCAGAUGAUCCCCAACCUUGAGAUGCAGGAUCAUCUUAUGGGUGGGGGCUGCGUCGCGCAGGUGUACAAGGGCAGGUACAACGGUUCCCCUGUAGCCGUCAAGAUCCGACGUGCGGGGAUCGAGGAGCGGCUCGACGUGGACUUGCGCCUCCUCAAGAAAGUUGCGCGCACAGUGACAUGGUGGUGGCCCGACUUAACCUGGAUGGCAUUGGAAGAGGCAGUAGACAAUUUCGGCCACUACAUGACCCAGCAGGUCAACCUGUCAUUCGAGGCCCAACACAUGCAGAGGUUCGCGCGGAACUUUGAGAGUGACAGACAUGUUCUGGUGCCUCCGGUGUAUGCAAGCACGGAGAGUGUGCUCGUCAUGGGCCUAGCUGAAGGCCUGUCUCUGUCGAAUUUUGUGAAGAAUGUGACAGACCACGAUCUGCGAGACAACGUGCACACGCUGCUGGUGGACAUGAUGGCCAGGAUGGGCUUGGUGCACAACUUCAUGCAUGGUGAUCUGCAUCCAGGCAACCUCUUCAUCAAGACAGAGCCGGACGGAGCACCAACGGUGACGCUGAUAGAUGUCGGCAUAUCCAUUGCGAUGACAGAUUCCUUAGGCAAGAUGGUCAAGGAUGGCCUUCGUCCAGUCUUCACGAAGAAUGCCGAGGGCCUAGGCUGGGCCAUCGUCAACUACCACAAGAAGGAAGGCUUCGCCGAGAUGGGCGUUGACCUCCCUGGCUUGGCUGUGGAUAUGGGAAACCUCCUUAU